AUGGCAGGCUACGGCUCCCAAUAUGGUAGCGGUCAUGGCAUGCCCUACCAAAUGAAUCAGGAUCCCAGAUAUGCCAAUCCGCAAACCCAGCAACACCCUCCGAGUUCCCAGCCCUCGGUCAGCCCACAGCCAGGCUGGCCGCAGUAUCGUGGAGACCCAAACGCUCAGCAUGUCCAAGCCAAUGCACAACUGGCGCCCUCUCUGGGACAGGAUGCGGGGCAUAUACCUCAACAUCAAGAUGUCAUGAAUGGCCUGGCGGCACAAAUGGGAGGAUUAGAAGUGGCGGGUGCGCCCGCACGAUCUCACAGAAAGAAGGAGAGGCAUGCAUAUCACGAGAUAGGCUCAGCACCGACGGCGCCAGUGGGCGCUGCAGCACCUGCAGGGUCUUUUGGAGGAACCCAGUUCCCCAGCGCUGGGCCAGGGGUGAUCGCGGGACAACCAGCAGAGACAUCGUUUGUGAACUCAGCAGACAGACUGCGCAUGGGGGAGGAGGCUGUGGCCGCACAAGGACGCGUUGACCCAGAGCAAAUCCCGAGUGUGGCAAGAUCACGAGACGUUGCGACACAAUAUUACCAGCUCAAUGUCUACCCAACCAUGGAGAAGCAUCUUCCACCUCCCGCGGCUAUUCCCUUCGUCGCCCACGACCAGGGAAAUUCUUCACCCAAGUUCGCGCGGUUGACGGUCAACAAUAUACCUUCGACGGCCGAGGCUCUUGCGUCAACGGGACUUCCACUAGGUCUUGUUCUGCAGCCGUUCGCUUCCCUCCAAGAGGGCGAACAGCCUAUCCCUAUAUUAGACUUUGGCGAACUCGGCCCUCCGCGAUGUCGGAGAUGCAGGACAUACAUCAACCCCUUUAUGACCUUCAGAUCUGGCGGAAACAAACUGGUGUGCAACAUGUGUAGCUUCCCCAACGAUGUGGCACCUGAGUACUUCGCACCUACGGACGCGGCUGGUGUCAGGGUUGACCGGUUACAACGGCCAGAACUCAUGAUGGGAACUGUGGAAUAUCUCGUGCCGAAAGAAUACUAUACAAAGGAGCCAGUUCCUAUGCGAUGGUUGUUUAUGAUCGACAUCACCCAGGAGGCUAUCAAUAAGGGGUUUGUCAACGCUGUUUGCCAGGGCAUCCUGGACGCCAUCUAUGCACGCGAAGGUGAGAUGUCUUCAGGUGAGGAUACGUUGUCCAUUGGACUACCAGCAGGGGCCAGGGUCGGUAUUGUCACGUAUGACAAGGAGGUGCAAUUCUACAAUCUUACACCUGGCCUGGACACCGCUCAAAUGAUGGUGGUGACAGACCUUGAAGACCCUUUUGUGCCUUUGGCAGACGGAUUGUUUGUCGACCCCCAAGAAUCGAAAGAUGUGAUCACAGCACUCCUGAAAGCUAUCCCUACCAUGUUCUCCACAAUCAAGCACCCAGAGCCUGCAUUACUGCCUGCGCUUAAUGCCGCCCUGGCCGCCCUGACUGCCACCGGGGGCAAAAUAAUCUGUUCACUAUCGACAUUGCCCACUUGGGGUCCCGGGAGGUUGCAUCUUAGGGACGAUGGCAAAGGCCGAGACACAGAUGCGGAACGCCGUUUGUUCACUACUGAGCACCCGGGCUGGAAGAAGACCGCUGGGGCAAUGGUGACAGCAGGUAUCGGAGUGGACUUUUUCCUGGCCGCUGCAGGUGGAGGAUAUAUGGACAUCGCAACAAUAGGACAUAUGUCACGACUGACGGGCGGUGAGAUGUUCUUCUAUCCAAAUUUCGUCGCUCCUCGAGAUUCUCUCAAGCUGCGGCUCGAAAUCGAGCACUCUUUACACCGAGAGACAGGGUACCAAGCUUUGAUGAAGGUGCGGUGCUCAAACGGCUUGCAGGUGUCUGCUUACUAUGGGUCGUUUCUCCAGCAUUCCUUCGGAGCGGAUCUGGAGAUUGGGACUGUCGACGCCGACAAAGCCAUUGGGGUCACGUUCACUUACGACGGCAAGUUGGAUGCCAAGUUGGAUGCCCACUUCCAGGCAGCGCUCCUUUACACUUCUGCUACCGGACAGAGGAGAGUCAGGUGCAUCAAUGUGGUGGCUGCGGUGAACGAAGGCGCUGCCGACACCAUGCGGACGGUCGAUCAGGACGCUGUUGUCAACAUCAUUGCCAAAGAAGCUUCGUCCAAAAUCUCGGAGAAGUCCUUGAAAGACAUUCGCGCCGGUAUCACGGAGAAGACGAUUGAUAUCCUGGCGGGAUACCGGAAGAACUUCUCCGGCUCGCAUCCUCCGGGACAGCUCGUGCUUCCAGAGCACCUGAAGGAGUUUGCCAUCUAUACGCUUGGCUUGAUCAAGAGUCGGGCAUUCAAAGGAGGCGUUGAGCCUACCGAUCGCAGGGUCCAUUCGGCUCGGCUGAUGAGAUCUUCCGGCGUGACAGAGACAGCUCUGUAUCUUUAUCCACGGAUAUACGCCCUCCACAACCUGAGUGCCGAGGAUUGUUUCGCCAACGCCGAGACCAUGCAAUUAGUGGUUCCUCCUACUGUCCGGGCAUCAUUUGGCAGAGUUGAGGAAGGCGGGGUGUAUCUAGUUGAUGACGGACAGAAUGUGUUGCUCUGGCUGCACGCACAAGUGUCGCCAAACCUGCUGGAGGAUCUCUUCGGAGAAGGCAAAACCAGCCUGCAAAGCCUCGAUCCCAUGCUGAACGAGUUGCCGGUCUUGGAGACGCAUCUGAAUGCCCAAGUGCGGAACCUGUUGCAGUACAUGUCCACGGUCCGUGGGAGCAAGGCUGCAAGCUUCACACUCGCAAGACAAGGACUAGAUGGUUCGGAGUUCGAAUAUGCUCGGAUGUUGGUAGAAGACCGCAACAACGAGGCCCAAAGUUAUGUGGACUGGCUCGUCCAUGUGCACCGGGCGAUCCAGAUGGAGCUGAGUGGGCAAAGGAAGAAAGAAGACACGGGCGAUCACGAGGGGAUCUUGAGUAACUUGACGGGAUUGAAGGCACCAUACUGGACUUGA